UUUUUUUUUUUUUUUAAAUUAUCCUGAUAUACAGAACUUUUAAUCCGAAGAAAUGGAUUUUCCUUUACCAACUGAAUGUGUAGAAGAUGUGAUUUCAAAUCUCGAAAUAAACAGAGAUUUAUUUUCUGCUUUGAUGGUUAAUAGAGAAUGGUGCAAAUUUGCGGUCCCUAUUCUAUGGAAAAAUCCGUUUGAUAACAAUAAUCGAGAAAACCAUUGUAAGAAGGUUAUAAUGAGAACGUAUUUAUCAUGUCUUGAUCAAAGAUCAAAACUAUUUUUAGAAUCGAAUGGAGUUGACUUAUCAUGUACAUCUUCUAGUACUGCGUUUGAUUACGCAUCUUACUUGAAUUAUCUUUCAACUACUAGUUUAAAAUUUAGGAUUCAACAAUAUAUGUUUCCACAAGCAGGUUUUUGCGGAUCUAUGUUAAAUGAACAUCAAAAAACUUCCAAUCAAAUUAAAUUGAUAUUUACAAUCUUAUGCAAGCAUUUCAUUUCUCGAUCUGUAGAAUUAAAAUAUAUUGAAUUCAGUGAUUUUGGAUUCGAUCCAUUGAAUGUUUAUUCAAUCCCUUUCGCAACUUUUGAAGGUGCUAAUAGAAGUCUUGCAAAUCUUCAAAUUUUUUGUUUUCAUGGAAUUCCUGGAAAAUCGAAUAAUGCGAAAACAUUUGUUUCCAUGUCAAAUGUUUGUAAGAAUAUUUCACAUCUUGAAAUUACUCUCUCAACACUUGACGAAGCAAAAGGUUUAGCUUCACUUAUUUCUGUUCAAAAUCAUUUGGAACAUUUCAAGCUUGUCUCAGAUACUAGGUUUACUCUAAUUGAUGAUGACAUCUUUGGUGCAAUUUUUCGAUCACUUGCGACUCAAAGUAAUACUUUUCGUUCCAUAUUUCUUCAAAAUGUAUCCUUUACUAACGUUGAUUUCAAAAGUCUAGCCGAAUUUGGUAAAUGUAAGGCAUUGAGGUCCAUGACAUUUAUUGAGUGUGAAGAAAUUCAAGAAAAAACCUUUAAUGCAAUCAGCAAUGCAUUUCCUUUAUUAGAACAUGUAUUCUAUGUUUCAGGACCAUCCGAAGUUCCUUCUCAAAGUUUUUGUGAGAUAUUUAAAACAGCUCAAUUAAAUAUUAAAAGUGUUUCAUUUGAUGUUGAAGUUUUUGGAUUAAUUGAAAUAAUUACGAAAUUCUGCACAAAAUUGGAAGAUAUUUCAGUCAAUUCUAUUGAUCCUACAGAAAUUAUCUUAAUUUUAAGUAAUUGUAAAGAAUUAAAAUAUAUCAAUUUUCGAGGGGAAGGAGGAAUUGAUGCAAAUGAUAUUUUUAUCGGAAUGGCAAGGUCUAUCUCUCCGAAUUUAGAAAUACUCUCGCUUAAUAUGUCUUUUACAAACCCUUGGAUUUUUUCACCCGAGUCUUUAAAAAUAUUUUUAGAUAGUUGUAAAAAUACUCUUAAAAUUUUUAAAAUUUAUCAUUAUAAUGCACCUUUUAAUAUUCGAGAUUUAGAGGAUGCAAGAAUAAAAACAAUGAAUGAAGAACAUUUUAAUGUAAUUCGCCAAAGUGGAAUUACAUUUCAUAUGGAUAGUGAUAUUUGGCCAAGAAAUACGAAUAUUAUUACCACAAUUGAUAUUCCAGAGAAUAUCGAAGAAAAUCAGUAAAAAGAAUUUGUUAAAAAUAGUUUUACGACACAAUUAUUACAGAUAAAAUUUAUUUGUAUUUCGUUGAUAUAUAAAAUAUUGUACAUUUGUUUUUAUUAAUAAAAAAUUGGUAAA